GACGUGUAUCUUCCCAUCAUGCCACUCAAUCCAUCUUGUGCGCCACCUAAAAAUACAGGCCAGACGCGGAAACGGCCGUCGCCAUGAAGCGGCCUCGGCUAACCACGGGCGUGCUCUGCCUUGUCGUCACCGCCUUACCAAUCGAUGCUUCCAACUGGGCUGAAAUCAGCGGCACCAAGCAGACCAACGCGGCGAUCGAGUCGGGCACGCCGUGGACGCGGCGCUGGGGACACGCGGCCAUUUCACAGCUCUUCUCAGCGGCCGAGACCGCAGCGGGGAAGCUUAGUCGCAUCUAUAUCCUCGGCGGCGACGACCGCAUGCAGCUGGCGACGAUGGGCAAGGACUUUCGCGCCUAUCCGGGCGGAGGUUCAUUCCGGAACGACGUGUGGGCGACGACCGGCAUUGUCUGGAACACGUCGAUCAACAUCCUGACGUUCAACCAGUGGGGCGAGCCCGCGCCGCAGAUCGUAGCCGAGCUCACAUGGAGCCAAACGAACGCGGGGAAGCUGCCGCCCCCGGGCAUUCUGUACAGCGACUGGAUUGCGUGCUUGAGUGCGCCAUGGAACCCGUACCCGCCGAGCGGCUGCGACGACCCGACCAAAGCGCCCGGCGAGUACAUUGCCGACGCCAUGUUCUCGCCCCGGCGCAACUUUGCCGCGCUCGCCUUCAACAACCAUUUGUAUGUCUUUGGCGGCCGCGCCCGGGAGCUACUGCCCGUGCCGAUCGCCGACACAAUCGGUAUGGCGCCGCGUCCCGCGCGCUGGAUGGAGUAUGCGAUUCUCAAAAACGACGUCUGGAAGAGCCAGGACGCAGGCGUCUCGUGGUCGCUCGCAACGAUUGGGUGCGCGAUGCCCACAGCGCUCGAGACGUACAAGGCGGGCGGGCAGCCGUACCAGUGCACGACCCAGAAAGAUUGCUUUGGCGACAGCAAGUGCAACUUCGACCCGAUCACGCUCACCGGCACCUGCGUCUGCAACAUGUGGUCGCCGCGCGAGUACCAUACGGUGGUGUCGUAUUUUGGCACGUUGUACCUCGCGGGCGGCUACACGUCGGUGCAACGGAACCUCUGUGGGCCCGAGAUCGCCAAGCGGCCGUUGGGCAACGAGUAUGCGUGCGGCGGCAACUACCGCAAAUUUAUGAACGACGUGUGGAUGUCGCCGGACGGCCAGCGCUGGGUGCAGUUGACGCCGAGCGCGGCGUGGACCGGCCGCGGCGAACACGCAAUGGUCGGGUGGGAAGGCCAUCUCUGGAUCUUUGGCGGCCGCGACCGCGACGUACGUAGCUCGACCCACCAAGGCUUGCGCAACGACGUGUGGCGCAGCGUCGAUGGCAUCGAGUGGGUCCUCGAUGCGCUCCACGCCGAGUGGUCGCCCCGCGCGAAAAUGAGUGUCGUCCCGGUGACGCAGCCGAACGAGAGCUACCUCAUUGCCAUGUUUGGUGAAAACGACGAUGUGUUCCUCGGGGAUGUUUGGACACGCGCCUCGAACGCGUCGCGCUGGUCGCUCGACUUUGGACCGAGCACGACGCAGCGGGUCUAUGUGACGCCGCAAAGCUCGGUUGCCUUGCUCCAAGGCAUGGCCCCCACCGAUGUCUCGACGCUGGAAGCCGCCAACAUUCGGGUCAUCGCCGACCUCACCGGCCUCGCACCAGACACAGUGAUCGACCUGCGCACCAUGCACAACGUGCCGAUUUGCGAUUACAUUGCAGUCGCCAAGCUCGUCGUCCAGCAGUGCAACAUUGCGCCCGUGGGGUACGACGGCGCCGAGUGGACCAACGUGAGCGUGCUCCAAGGCGCGAACGCGGUUGCCAAUGCCGCCGCCACCGCGGCCGCGGCCGCCGCCGCUGCCAACAGCGUGUGGGACGGCUGCGCGCACCAAGGCACGCCCGUCUUUGACUGGAUCACGGGGCUGUACAAGUGGCCCGAUGUGGGCAGCGUGCCGCAAGUGGACACGAAGGACCCGUUCCCGAACGUCCAAGCGUCCGUGUGCCGGUGGACACCGACACCGCGCUCGUCGCACGCGUCGACCGUGCACAAUGGCACUGUCUACGUCUUUGGCGGCAAGGUCGACAACCAGCUCUUUGAGAACGAUGCGUGGUACCGAGAUCCGACGCUACCGACGUCCUAUUUUACGCUCACGCCCGAGUCGUCGACGUCGCAGACGAUCUUUCAGUUUACCAGUGCAAAACCCGGCACGAUCUUCCAGUACCACGUGAUUGACCUCGUCGAGAUGCUCGUGGUGCGGAAUUGGACCGACUGCCUCGGCGAAAUCAACUUUGUCUCGUGGCUCGACGGCGGGUACCACCGCAUUCGGCUCCGCGCGAUCGACGCGGCCGGCAAUGUCGAGUCGACCUUUGACGCCGGCCGGAACCUCUACGACUGGACGUACGUGCCGGCGCUGCCGUGGAACCUCAUCAUUGGCAUGAUUGCGCUCUGCGUCGUGCUGCUCGCCGGCCUCUUCCUCGAGUGGCGACGCCGGCGCAAGCAGGCGGCCAUGGAGCGCUACGCGAUGAAGCGCAUGCGGCGCAAGAUGCGCGGCAACAAGAAGGGCGGCAACAAGGACGUCAACUGGCGCGCCACGUAUGACGAAUCCAAGGACGGCCAAAACAAGAAAAAAAAAAAAAAGCCAAAAAAAUCCGACAAAAAAGGCGCCAAGCCGGACGAGAAGAAAGCCAGUGCUAAGAAGAGCAAGAAAUCGGACACCGGCAAGAAAAAGACCAAGGCGGACGUCGGCAAGGAGAACCCCACUACGGCAUCGAGCUCGCCAAAGUCGCCCCCAAAACCCAAGAAGAAGGACAAGAAGGACAAAACCGACAAGGUGGCGCCUGUCGCCAAGAAGAAACCAAAGGCGGACAGCCAAAAAAAGAAGGCGGAGAAAGCCGCCAAGAAAAAAGAAAAAACCACGUAGCGUAGCCGACAUACAAACAUCAAGUGUGUAAUCUAGAAGCCGUUUGCAAGCCCUAGCCCGCGGCGCCACGUCAGACGCGUUCGAUAUUUUUUAAAUCAAAAGA